AUGAGCAAUGAUGGCCUGGGAUCCUGGUCCACUUUGAAUGCUUUGUUGGAAGAUAUUGGAGAAGAAAAUGAAACUGACCUCCUAACCCCCCAGGAUGGUUUUGAUCAUGAAUUAUCACCAUAUCAUAUAGCAGAAAUUCUUAUCAUCAUCUUCAUUUUACUUCUUAGCAUUUUUGGAAUAAUUGGGAAUGGAACUGUCAUCUGGUUUCUUGGCUUUUGCAUGAAGAGGAAUCCUUUCACCACCUUCAUCCUGCAUCUGGCUGCGGCUGACGUUGGGACUCUCAUAUGCUUAUUUACUUUGUCCAUUAUACGUCUUCUGGGGUCACUUUUAUCUUUACCUCCCUAUACGCAUUGGAUUGCAUUAUUGGGUUCCAUUCUUUUUUCCUUCAUGUACAACACUGGUCAAUAUCUGUUGACAGCCAUUAGCAUGGACAGGUGUGUUUCAGUCAUCUUCCCACUUUGGCAUAGGUGCCACCGACCACCACACUUUCCCACCCUUGUGUGUGCCACAAUAUGGAUCAUUGCUUUCCUGCUCACUGUAAUCUUCAGCAUUCUUUAUAUUUUUUACAGUCUGUAUCCCAUUUUUCACCUCCUUUUAAUGAACGCUAUACUUUGCCUCCCACUCAUGACUGUUUCCACUCUGGUCCUGUUUAUAAAAGUUUACUUUAGAUCACAACUGAGGAAGAAGGGAAAAGCUUUAACAGCCAUCCUCCUUGCCCUCCUCUUCUUCCUCUUCUUAGCUUUCCCACUUACUUGCAUUUCAUUAAUCAGAUUUUUCACUCCACUUAUAGACUAUAAUGUUGAAUUUUUUGUAAUAUCUGUUGGGUUAUUAUGCAGCUGCCUGAAUAGCAGUAUUAACCCACUGAUUUAUUUCCUGAUUGGGAGAAACAAGAGGGCUCGAUCUAGGGAGAGCAUGAAGGUCAUACUCCAGAGACUUUUCAAAGAGGAGGAAAACUGCAGAGAGGAACGAGAAGUUCCAGCUCAAACCCGGAUGUGA